AUGUGCCCAGCAAUUUCCCUACUUAGCUCCCUGACUGCUUCGCACAUCAUGAAGCUCAUGCAUUCCAACGUCGUCAACACAGACGAGUAUCCACUGCUGCACCUUGCCAAGACGUGCGCCACUCCGGAUCAGCUUAGCGUCACCGUCAUGUCCCACGUUUCGGCAGUAGGAGCACGAGGAUCCGGAAGCGCUAGCGGCUCCGUACCGAAGCGCGGGGCUGAAGGAUCCAAGCCAAAGCUGGCGAUUGCGGGGGCAGGAGUCUCCGGUCUGUACGCCGGCAUCUUGAUGCAGCGCGCAGGCUGGGACGUCGACAUUUUCGAGGCGUCUGCCCGCGUCGGGGGUCGUAUCCAGACUCACCGAUUCAAUGAUGAGCAAGACAAUUGGUUCGAAGUUGGCGCUAUGAGAAUUCCUCAAUCGCCAGCGCACCAGAUCGUCGGCGACCUCAUCGACUACUGCAACGUUCAUGGGGGAGGAAAGAGUCGACUUGGACCUCUUCAGCGCAUCCCUUACGUUCUGGAACAUCCUAACAAUUUGAUCCAUGUCAACGGUCGUCAAGUGCGCUUGUGCGACCCAGAAGCCAAAUGUCCUGUCAAGCUGGGCUUUCCCGAUGUUCCUCCUGCGUACCACGGCAAAUCGGCGCAGGAGCUCUUGAUGUCCGUCUUGCAUCCCUUCAUCGAACAAUUGCACAAGGACUUCAACAAAGGUUUUGAAGAGAUAUUAAAGUAUGACCACCUUUCCUUCCGGAUGUAUCUCAAGCAGAUAGCUGGCUUUCCCACGAGUGUCAUCGACUACAUCGAGGCACUCUGCAGCCAGUCCAAUCAGUACGAUCUAGCGUUCACCGAAAUCUGCUGCUUGUCGAUGGACUUCUUCACUCCAGAAUGGAUUACGCUCGCAGGGGGUAUGGACCGCCUUCCGCGAAGCAUGGCGCACAUGAUAGGUCUCAAGAAUCUGCACUUGGGUGCCCCGGUCACUACUAUCGAAGCUCUUCCGGACGGCAAAGUCUUCUUGGCUGCUGGCGGGCGAGUAACCGGAAAUGUGUACGACAAGGUGUUGCUCGCGAUGCCUCCUGCUGCGCUCAAGAUGAUUCCCAACAGACCUAGAUGGCACACUCGCAAAGAGCACGCUUUGCGAGCGAUGCAUUUUGAACCGCUCUACAAGCUCGGUAUUCGCUUCAAAUCGCGUUUUUGGGAGAAAGUCGCUCAGCCCUCGUUCGGUGGUCAAACGACCACGGACCUACCAUCGAGAUGGAUUGUCUACCCAAGCAACGGCAUCGGAGACCAAGGUUCAGGUGUCUUGCUGCUCUACUCCUGGAUGACCGACGCAGCCGCUUUCCUGCCUCUCUCCAUCCCAGAGCGUCUCGAGCUCGGCCUCAAAGACCUUGAGAAGAUCUACGGUCCGCAGGGCGUCGACGUUCGUGCGGAAUUCCUUGAAGCCCAAGAUGCUGCUUGGUCAUCCAAAUGGGCAACUGGUGACAGCAUGUUCCUUCCGGGUCAAUUUUCCACGUUGCACGACGCGGCUGGCCAAGCAGAAGGCAACAUCCACUUUGCUGGCGAGCACCUGUCCAGAAGACACACCUGGAUCGCUGGCGCCUUGAGCUCCGCUCUGUCUUCCGUUCGAGAAAUGACCGGAGAUGCAACGAUCGAAGCACUUGGCCAGCACACCACGACGGUGAACCCUCAGCAGCCAGAAACAUUCCGAGCAGACCCCGAACCUGCAGUAGCUACUGCACAGCACAAUGAGUCAACUCGCCCUUCGAACGAGAGGUCGCUAGAGCUCCAACCUGCCCGCAAGCCUCCACUUGCAAAGCUUUAG